UUCUAAUCUCUAGCAAUACAUUUCGCUUAUGGUACAAACUUGCUAACGGUAUUAUAAGUUUCACACAGUUUCACACAUGGUUAUAAGUUUUAAUAAACACAUAUGUCUGUCUAAACAUGUUAACAACGAAGAUUUUUUUUAGAAAGACAAAGGGAGGGAAUAUAUUUAAGACUGUCAGAGAACAUUAUCUUAGAGAUGAUAUUUGCUGCGGCUUUAAAAUAUGUAAGAAGUGUAAAGGGAGACCUCAGGAUACGAUCCUAGACGAAGAAGAUGCUGGUGCAAAAUCUUCUUCAAUUCCAAUUCCUUAUUGUCUUGUACUUGAUACAAAUAUAAUUCUAGAUCAAAUAGAUAUAUUAGAAGAAGAUGUUAUUACCAAUGUAAUUAUUUUGCAAACUGUGUUGGAAGAAAUUCGGCAUAAAAGCUCCACAGUGUAUAAAAAAUUAAAAAAUAUUAUAGCAAAUGCAAAACGAAAAUUUUUUAUGUUUAUUAAUGAGCAUCAUAGAGAGACAUACAUUGAAAGAAAACCUGGUGAAAAAGCAAAUGAUCGUAAUGACAGAGCAAUAAGAGUUGCAGUUCAGUGGUAUAAUAAUCACUUAAAUUUUGACAAUCACAACAUAAAGAUUCUCUUAUUAACAGAUGAUGUAAAAAACAGAACACUUGCAGCUGAAGAUGGAAUAUUUGUUGCAUCAAUGGAAGAUUAUGUUGCAUCAUUGGAAAAUGCAAGUUUACUGUUGGAUAAAUUAUGUAAACGGUCUUAUACUUUAGACUCUCAAGGACCAGACUUGUUUCCCUGCCAUUUAGGACCUGCAGAAAUUCAUGAAGGAAUAUCAUCUGGCAAAUUAUUGCAAGGAACAUUCCUGGCAUCGAGAGAAAAUUUUCUCGAAGGAAACGUGAAUGUUGAAGGAAGGGAAAAAGCUUUAUUUGUACAAGGACGAACCAAUCUUAACAGGGCAGUAGAUGGUGAUAUAGUUGCAGUUGAACUCUUACCGGAUGAUCAUUGGUCAUCCCCUAGCGAAAUUGUUCUGCAGGAUGAAGAAGUUGCAGAUGCUGACGAUAUUCCAGAAGAUGAAAAAAUAUUUGCUAAACAGAAUAUAUCGAAAGCGAGAGAGAAAAUACCAACAGGCAAGAUUGUUGGUAUUAUUAGGAGGAAAUGGAGACAGUAUUGUGGAAUAUUGCAACCAGGUGCAAUUAAAGAUAACGUGAGACAUCUGUUUAUUCCGGCUGAGAGAAAAAUCCCGAAAAUAAGAAUAGAAACUAGACAAGCAGAGAUAUUAUGCAAGCAAAGAAUAAUUGUUGCAUUGGAUUCAUGGCCACGAAUGUCGAGAUAUCCACUUGGUCACUUCGUACGAGCACUCGGUAAUAUAGGAGACAAAGAGACAGAAAAUGAAGUAUUACUUUUGGAACACGAUGUUCCGCACAGCCAUUUUUCCGAUGCCGUCCUUAGUUUUCUUCCAAAGCUACCCUGGAUCAUUACAGAAGCAGACAUUGCACAAAGACAAGAUCUUCGACAUUUAGAUAUCUGUUCAGUGGAUCCGCCAGGUUGCACUGAUAUUGACGAUGCAUUACAUUGCAGAAAAUUACCAAACGGUAAUUACGAUGUAGGUGUACAUAUCGCGGAUGUGUCCCACUUCAUAAGACCAGGGACCGCGCUGGACAAGGAAGCGGCUUUACGCGCCACCACUGUCUAUCUUGUCGAUAAACGAAUCGAUAUGGUCCCAGAAUUGCUUAGCUCAAAUCUUUGUUCCUUGCGAGGUAAGGAGGAAAGAUUUGCAUUUUCUUGUAUGUGGGAGAUUGAUUCUCAUGCAAACAUAAUUGAUACAAAAUUUUGCAAAUCUAUCAUUUGUUCACGCCAAGCUAUGACAUAUGAAGAAGCACAAUUAAAAAUUGACGAUGCUGCUCAACAUGACGCUAUUGCAGUUUCAUUGAGAGGAUUAAAUAAAUUAGCGAAAAAGUUGAAAAAGAAACGUAUAGAGAAUGGUGCUUUAACUUUGGCAUCACCUGAGAUACGUUUCCAAGUGGACAGUGAGACGCACGAUCCUAUUGAUGUAGAAGCAAAGAAAUUGAGAGAGACUAAUUCUAUGGUAGAGGAAUUUAUGUUGCUUGCGAACAUUAGUGUUGCUGAGAAGAUAUUGGCAGAAUUUCCAGAAUGUGCUAUGUUAAGGAGACAUCCUGAACCACCACAAAGUAAUUUUGAACCAUUAAUUAAAGCUGCACGGAAUCAGGGUUUCACCAUAAACACAAAUACUGGUAAGGAAUUGGCGCAAUCGUUAGAAGAAACUAGAAAAGAAUCAAAUCCUUACUUUAAUACAAUGUUAAGAAUAUUAGCUACGCGAUGUAUGAUGCAAGCGGUAUAUUUCAUCAGUGGAAUGCAUCAACCGGAAGAAUAUACGCAUUAUGGAUUGGCAUGUCCCAUUUAUACACACUUUACAUCUCCUAUUCGAAGAUACGCGGAUAUAAUCGUUCACCGCUUGUUGGCUGUAUGUAUAGGCGCCGAUGCGACUUACGCAGAGUUAUUGGAUAAGAAGAAGAAUAAUUUAUUAUGCAAUAAUCUGAAUUAUCGAAAUCGAAUGGCUCAAUACGCCGGCCGAGCUUCAGUCGCGCUUCAUACACAUCUAUUCUUCCGUGGUAAAGUUCAGGAUGAAGAAGGAUAUAUUUUAUUUGUGCGAAAAAAUGCAUUACAAGUGCUCAUACCAAAAUAUGGUUUGGAAGGAACGCUUUAUCUAAAUAAACCGUCCGCCUCGUCUGUUACGUUUACGUACAAUCCAGAAGAUCAGUCUCAAACUUGUGGAGAUAUUGUAUUUCGAGCAUUUGAUCCUAUCGUCGUGCAAAUGAGUUUGGACAGUUCUAACGUUCAACAUGAAAAAUUAUUCUUUAAACUCGUAAAACCAGAUAUACCAGAUUUUAGCGUUCGUCCAUUAGAUGCAGAAGUUACUGAUAAUAGUGAAAAGGAUACUAUGAAAGAAAUAUUAAAACGUAAAGCAGAAGAGCAUCAAGAGUUCGGCAAAAUUAGUAAAAAGAAAACUGGGAAGAAGAAAAAGAAAAAGAAGAAUUAAUCUUUUUUAAAAAGAGAAUAUAAUAUUUUACAUAUGAUGUAAAAUAACAUAUAAUGAAAUAAUAAAUACACAUAUUGUUUUAUAAAAAUUAUAUUCUCUUACUAUAUAGUCAAACAUCAUUCACGAUUUACAAAAUCUUUACAAGACAAAAAAUUGUCAAUGUAUUAUUAGACGAUAUUCCUAUAGAAAAGAUUUAUAUAUACGAGUCUAAUAAUUUCUCCUUUUAAGUUAAUUAUCACAUAGACGAAUAUAAUAAUGAAUGAAAGAUUGAAAAUAAGAAAAAAUAAUUUUGAUUUCCUAAUAAUAACGAAAAUGAAAUUGCAUAUUUUAUGUACGUGUAAUUUUUGCAAUUAAAUAAAAAUUGCAUACUUUAUGUCGCAGUGUACAUAUAUUGCAAUAAAUAAGAUGUAAUAGUCUUCCUAGCACUUUAAAUAUAUCCUAUUCUAAUACUAAUAAAUAAAGUCUAACAUGUGCAAGUA